AUGGCAGAACUCGCCCCGCAACCUACGGUUCAGGUUGUUGGCAAGUCCAUGAGCCUGAUCCCGGUUGGCUUGAAGGAGGCCGCACUCGACUCUCCAACGUUCAGAGCGACUGCAGUUCAUUUCUCUGACCAGGUGGAGAUCAUUGAAAGAUGGCUCGAUGCAUAUGUCAAAUCUGUAUCAAAACUGGUCCACGAUGUUACGUCCCUUGAGGAAGCAUUCAAUGCCUUCCUCGCUCGAUCCGUCCCUCCUGCGAAUAUAUCCGAGGCGGUGCUCGACCAUGACUAUACUCUGCUGGCGAUGAAAAGGUUCGGCGAGUGCUCGAGGGAGUGGUGGUCGCAGGCUCUGUUUGGAAUGAUGAGAAUGGAUAGUAAUAUCGUGGAGCCGGUCAAGUCUUUUAUGUCUGGAGAACUUCGAAACUUUAAGGAUGCCCGGCGAUUCUUGGAACAAUCUCAAAAGACCUUCGACACCACACUGGCUAGAUAUGUGGGACAAUCCAAGACGAAGGAGCCCUCAUCGCUUCGAGAGGACGCGUUCCAAGUUCACGAAACUCGAAAAGCCUAUCUCAAGGCCUCUCUAGACUUCUGUCUACUUGCGCCCCAACUUCGCUAUACAAUUGACAAACUCCUCGUUCGAGUAACCUCGGAUCAAUGGAAGGAUAUGAGGCGCUCCCGGGAAGCUACUGGUGUAAGCUUUGCUAAAUGGGGCAACGAUAUGGACCGCGUCCGAGGCUGGAGCAAGGAAAUGGAGUCUGGCGAAGGCGUCUUCAGACGCGAAUUACAACUCGCGAGGAGAGAGAUUGCGGAAGUUGCUUCUGCAUCCUCUAGGCCAUCUCGAGAAUUGGAGGAUUACAACCUGUCAACGGUGGCAUUUCUUGGGUCCAAGGGUCCAUCUACAGUCAACAUCCAGUCCCAAGGAAAGGAGGGCGAAAGAUCAGAGAAGCAAGACUGGUUGUUUCUACGGACAAUAUCUGGAAAACCCGCCAGGGCUACAUGGGUGCGCCGCUGGUUUUAUGUUAAAAAUGGGAUUUUUGGGUGGCUUGUCCAAGGUUCUCAGUCUGGUGGAGUUGAGGAAAGCGAGAAAAUUGGCGUCUUGCUGUGCAACGUGAGGCCAGCUGUGCAGGAAGAACGUCGGUUCUGCUUCGAAGUCAAGACGAAGAACCAGACAAUUCUCCUCCAAGCGGAAACUCAGGGUCAGCUCAUGGAGUGGCUAGAAGCGUUUGAGGUGGCUAAAAACAAGGCUCUUCAAGCUAGCGCUGACAACUUUCCUGGUGGAGUUGAUCCUGCCUUUGCCAUAACUCCUGCAUCAAUUCCAGAAUUCGCUGCAAAAACCAGCGAUGGCCAUGCUUCCCAUGGGAGCGAGGAGAUGCCUUCUUCUGGGUUCGAGCGCAUUGGGGCGCUCCCACUUCCUGGCAUAGACAUGGGCAACCUGGCCUCACGGAGUAGCUUCGAUAUCAGUGGCCCUCGUCGUUCUGUUACCACCAGAGAAGAGGGCGAGAGUAGUCGGGAUCAUGCGGCAAGGAUUAUGCAAAAGCUCGAUCUACAUCGAAAGCCAGCGCCUGUUACAAACGAUAGUCCUUCGGCGCCAUCUCCUGGGCCCGCUGGAGGUAUUGCUAGCUUGAUUUCUGCAAGCCAUAACAUUUUGCCUGUCUAUACUCCAGUCAUUCCCCAAGUUCCUACAGUUCCGACGCUAGCACUGCCGCAACCUAUGGAGUCUCAUACAAGCACUCUAGCUCCUACCACUCUGGCAAAUCCUCCUGCGCCUACAAAUCUCAGCAAAUCUGCUGUUAUUGUUAGUGGAGAACGAGGCAUAAGCAUUGGUGGAAGUGAUGCUACAGGUGGUAUGCCCAGUGGUAUGAUGGCCAACCUUUGGGGGAGCAGUAACUGGGGCUAUAUCAACCGACUCGAACUGGGAGAAAUCAAAUCUGCAAGCCCCAACAAAUCUAUACCACCAAGUCCAAACAUAAGGCCUUUGGAGCCAAUGCCAAAAGCUGGUGGCGAUGCAAUCGGUAAGCCUGACUCUGGCCCCUCGAGCGCUGUACGCUCUAACAGUACGUUAGCUGAUCCUUCAUCGACUCCAGCUACAACAUCUUUUGCACAUCGAAAGACAGUCAGUGUCGAUGCUCCAAGCGCCAUCCGAUCUGAUGCCUUCUCUCCCCAGCCUGAAAUCUUCCCAGGUAACUAUCCUUUAGAGCUUAAAACUCAAGAGGCGCAGUUCCGAACCCUUUUUCCGAAUGUGCCCCGUGAAGAUAAACUAUUGCUUGUCUUCCGCGCAACAUGGAAUCCCAACGAGCAACAAGAGUUUCCUGGGAGAGUUUAUGUAACUCAGCAUGAUUUCUACUUCUAUAGUCAUCACCUUGGUCUUGUGUUGAUCACAGGUGCAAGCAUGGCAAACAUACUAGAGGUUACUGCAGCGCCAGGUAAAGAUUGCGAUUUCAUAUUCCUCCACCUGAAGGAAACUGGUCGGACAGGCCUCACAAGGGUUACAAUCAAGACCUUCUUGGAGCCUCUUCGUCUCCUUCAAUCAAGAUUAAACUACCUGGUCGACACAGCUCAAUCAGAAGAGCCACUAAAUCUUGAGGAAACAAUGGCCGUAUUGAUCAAGAUGGAGAAUGCCGAUCCAACGAGAAGCCCUAGUAUGGAGAGCUGGGAAGAUGUGUCAGUAAACACCCCCGUUGACAAUGGUACUGUAUCAGGACGAACUCGCCACGAUAGAGAUCUGAGGACAGCAAUUCAUGUCGAGCGAGGACUCCGUCUUGGUCGGGCAAGCAAGGAUGUCACGAAAUUCCAGUUGCCCUCUAAGCCUGUUGUGUACGAACCAGCAGGUAUGCAACGAAAGGUGGUCGAGCGUCAAUUUGACAUCAGUCCAAAGGCUCUUUUCCAUGUCAUGUUUGGCGACAAAAGCGCGGUAUUUCAAUUGUUAUACCACGAGCGCCGAGCGCAACGUAUCGCACAAGGACCUUGGGUACCUCAAGAGGGAAUCUCCAUGCGUCGAGACUUUGAAUUUCAAAUUGAUUAUUCUGACGUCUUUCACCGAGCCCGCCAAGCCAACGUGGUAGACUAUCAGGUCAUUGAUAUCAUGAACGAUCAUGUCUGCUAUGUUGUUACGGACAUGAAGACUCCGUGGCAUCUUCCUCAUCAUAAAGAUUUCAUGCUCGUCUCGAAGAUAGUAAUCACACAUGUCGCAAAGUCAAAAUGUAAAUUGGCAGUCUACACCAAAGUCGAUUGGUCAAAAGCCCCAACAUUUUCUAAAGGCCUGGUUGAAAGACAAGCUCUUGACGACUCGUCUCUCGAUGCUCUCGAUUUGGCGGAUGUCAUAACCGAUCAAGUACGCAAACUUGGGCCACAAAGUAGGACGAAAAAAGCCAUUCAUAUAUUUGGAUAUGUUGGACAACAGACAUCUAUCUCGAUGUUCUCUGCAACCGAGUCCGCGAACUCCAAGCGGCCCCAAAUUAAACAGCGAACUCUUACACACAUGCUGUUUGAGACAAUGGGCUCAUUUGGUGAGAGUGCGAUCUCUUCACUGAUGAUGUGGACCUUUGCAGUGCUUCGCCAAAUAUGGAAGAUCUGGAGUGCUCACAGCAUUAUCUUGAUUGUUCUUGUACUAAGUGUCAUGACAAAUGCAUUUUUCACGUCUAGAGACACUUCUGAAUGGUGGUCAGAACGGAAUGCCGCAAAGUUUAUGAGCAGGAUAGGUGUUGGGCCAAAUCCGAUGAUGAGCAAGGCACUCUAUUUAAAGGAUCUUGACGAUGCUCUAACCUCGUUGCCAACCGACUUAUUGGAGCAACCUGAGAGCAAAUGGUCAGUUAGGUCACCCCAUCGAGUGAAAGAUUUGCUAACAAGCACUAGUCAUGAUCAAUUUAGAGAAAUCGCUAAUAUUACUGAUCUGGAUUCUCCGUACCAAAUGGCUGGUACAUUGCAUUCAGAGACCGUUACUAGUUCCACAGCACGACGCCUACGGAGAACUCGUCAACACCUAGGGUCCUAUCGUCAUGAUUUAGUAGUUGCCAUGCGCGUUGUAAAUAACAUUGAGAGGGAGAUGAUGCAAGCCGAAUGGGAGAAUUGGCUUCUCGACGAGAAUAUGAAGUGCAAGCAAGUUCAGACAAUGUUACGAGAAAAUCGUACGCCGACAACACCGAAUAAAAAACCUAAGGGGGCAGAAUCCCAGCAAGUUUUAGAUGCGAAAGAAAGAGAGAGAAGUGGCAAGAUGGAUGAAAUGAGAAAGUGGCAUGAAGAAUAUUGCACGAGCUGCAAGCUCGAACAAGACAUGCUGGAGAAGGGGAGAAAGCACUUGUCAUUUGGAUGA